AUGAGUUUUAACACGGGCAGUACAAGACCGCAGGCAGAAAAAGAACGCCAAUUGCAGCGAGACACCGCGAUGUUCACGGCAACAGGAGAAGGACUGCAAGAUGACGCUCAGCACUGCACGCUUCAACCAGAAUGGUACGCGCUGUCUCGGCGGACGAUCAAUUUUGUAAAGCUGCUUAGCUUCGCGCUGUCCCUUUGGAAAGAAGUCGAUGACGACUGCAAGGCUACGACCGAUGCGGCGACCGUCGAGCAGCAGGCCUCAUUGCCGAAGGCGAAAACCUGA